AUGCCGGAGGCACCGGCACCAGAGUUGGCGCCGCAGGAGGGCACCGUUCCUGUGCAGCUCUCGGCACUGACAUUGCCUCCACUUGUCCUGCAGCCAGCUAUUCCAGCGACACCGAGCCUCCAGCCAAUCAACAACCAGACUAUGGAGGCUGCUUUGUUGCCUGCCAAAAAUCUGCAGAUUGUGAUACAGCAACUGCAGAGAGAAAACGCCCAACUCAAGGAAGAGAAGGAAAUCAAAAAAGAGUUUCCAGAAGCAGAAAACCUACGGAUAGCGAUACAGCAACUGCAGACAGAAAAAGCCCAACUCAAGGAAGAGAAGGAGCAACUCCAAAAAGCAAAUGAGAUCAAAAAAGAGCUUCCAGAAGCAGAAAACCUACAGAUUGCGAUAGAGCAACUGCAGAGAGAAAACGCCCAACUCAGGAAAGAAAACUUUUCUUUUGCAGCCCAACUCAAGGAUGAAAAGGAAAGGCAGAAAAAUCGUUCCUCGGCAGAAGAACUCCAGAAGGGAACAGGGAACUUGGGGAAGAAAAUAAGUGAAAUGCAGAAGGAAUUAGACUGGAGAAGGGCUCGGAACAAUUCAGAUGACAUCAAACUGGAUGCAGACACGGCCCAUCCCAACCUCUCUGUUGCUGGGGAUAAGAAGAGUUUGACACAUGAACCCCAACCUCAAAAAUCGCCACCAAAUUCAGAGAGGUUUGAUUCGACUGCCUGUGUGCUGGGCUCUGAAGGAUUCUCCGAUGGAAAGCACUACUGGGAGGUGGAUGUCGAGAGCAGCACUGAGUGGGACCUGGGGGUGGCCCUCAAAUCCAUAGAAAGAAAAGGAAAAAUGUCCCUGUCCCCUAAAGAGGGAUUCUGGGUCCUGGGUCAGAGUGGGAGAGAUUAUUGGGCAAAAACAGAUCCAUGGACCCGGGUCAUAGUGCAGAAAAAGCCCAAGAAAAUUGGAGUUUACUUUGGUUAUGAAGAGAGGCAGGUGACCUUCUUCAGUGUAACUGACAUGUCUGUGUUGUUCACAUUUAGUGAUUGUUCAUUCUCAGGAGAGGUUUGUCCAUUCUUUAAAAAUUCCCAUAAAGAAACAACAAUGAGAAUUUGUUCAAUUAAAGAGGAAUAAAUAUAACAUGACAGUGAUGCUGAUUUUAUAUUAAUGUAACUGAAAUCAAGGUUAUAAUGAGGGAACUGUGAUAUAAAAAUCUA